UGAUUUUCCCUGAAACGUUGGCAGUAUUUUUUCCGUGUUGCUUGAUUUUUAAAAAUGUUACAUUUAUUAUUAUUAAAAAUUAAUAAAUAAAUUUUUUAUUACUAUUAGUUGGUUGUUUGUGAAGCUUUGAAUUCAUUUUUGUUGUUUCAUUUGUGCAGAAGUUUGGUUUGACUGUUUGAAGAGUGAGUGAGGUUAGGUGAUGCAGCAUGUGUCAAUUUGAGUAGAGCCAAAAAUCGUUAUUUCUGUCCAAAAAUGGACUUUAUAAUUGACAAUAAGGGUUCUUUGGGUGCAAAUGAGCCCUCAGUCAGCGGCGAAAGUUCGUUGGUUUCGAGGCUUCUGGAAGAGUACCGCCAGGAGUCUGCCACUCACGCUGCGCCCCCUCGUAAAAACGACAAGAAGAGUAGUUCACUAGAAUCGUUUUUCGAUGAAAUGGGUUGGAAUGGUAGGCGAAAAAAGAAAAAACAGAAAGAUGAUAUUUUACAAGAAUUGCAAAACGCCAAGAGUGAGGUUCAGGAAGUGCUGAAAAAGUCGGUCAUAACACCAGAAUUUGAGAAACAACACGUUGUACCACCGUAUGAGCUGUCUGAAAAAAUCCUGAAAAAACAACGAAAGAAAGAGGCUGAAAAAACUAAGGGGAAGAAGUGGUACGGUUUGCCUGCAACUGAAAUGACUGAAGAAGUCAAACGUGACCUUGAAAUCCUCCAAAUGCGGGCGGUUUUGGACCCGAAACGAUUCUACAAGAAAAACGACCUGAAAGUUCUUCCAAAAUAUUUUCAGAUUGGGAAAGUGGUGGAUUCACCUUUGGACUAUUAUAACAAUAGAUUGACUAAAAAAGAAAGGAAAAGGACACUUGUUGAUGAACUUUUAGCCGACGCUGAAUUCAAUAAAUACAACAAACGGAAAUAUAAGGAAAUUAUACAAGAAAAACAAAAAACGCAUUACAAGGCCUGGAGAGAGGCCAAGAAACUCAAAAAGAAGAAAAAAUAAUUGUGUUUUUUUAAUAAAGUACAUUUAUUUUAA